GGCGCGCGAGCGGAAUGGCACCGUGACGGAGACACGAACCCGAGCGCAGAGCACGAGCCUCAGAGAAACCAAGGACAUCAGGUGAGUGCGGAUGGCAGCAGGCUGAGCCAUGCUCGGUCGCGGUCUUCGCUGUCGCCCAGCGGCCCCGCGCUCCCUCAGAUAGCCAUGAACAGCUGUAAGUACAAUGGCGGCGUGGUGAGACCGCUGGGCAGCAGGAACCUGGCCGAUCUGGACUCGGAGACACAGCCGCUGCAGACGCUCCACACUUCCGGCCUCGAGGUCGUGGUGUCAAAGGGCAACGGCGACGAGCCGGGCAAGCCGCUGCGCGAGGAUGCCAGCAACGCACCGCACAAAAGGAACAAGGACAUCGGCUACAAGCUCGGCCAUCGGAGGGCGCUGUUUGAAAAGCGCAAGCGCCUCAGCGACUACGCCCUCAUCUUUGGCAUGUUUGGCAUCGUCGUCAUGGUGACGGAGACGGAGCUCUCGUGGGGGGUUUACACAAAGGAAUCCUCAUAUUCAUUUGCACUGAAAUGCCUUAUCAGCCUUUCCACUCUAAUCCUCCUCGGUCUGAUUAUUAUGUAUCAUGCACGAGAAAUUCAGCUUUUCAUGGUGGACAACGGAGCGGACGAUUGGCGGAUAGCAAUGACUUACGAGCGCAUUCUGUUCAUCGUGCUGGAGCUUCUGGUGUGCGCCAUCCACCCAAUCCCGGGACAGUACGUUUUCACGUGGACAGCACGGUUGGCGUUCACGUACACACCGUCUGUGGCCGACGCUGACGUGGACAUCAUCCUGUCCAUCCCCAUGUUCCUGCGUCUCUAUUUAAUCGGCCGUGUCAUGCUGCUGCACAGCAAACUGUUCACGGACGCUUCGUCGCGCAGCAUCGGCGCCCUCAACAAGAUCAACUUCAACACACGCUUCGUCAUGAAGACCCUCAUGACCAUCUGCCCCGGCACCGUGUUGCUGGUCUUCAGCAUCUCCUCGUGGAUCAUUGCUGCCUGGACGGUGCGCGUGUGUGAAAGAUAUCACGAUAAACAGGAAGUGACGAGUAACUUCCUGGGUGCGAUGUGGUUGAUCUCCAUCACCUUCCUGUCCAUUGGAUAUGGAGACAUGGUGCCACACACCUACUGCGGGAAAGGAGUGUGUCUGCUGACGGGAAUCAUGGGGGCGGGCUGCACUGCGCUGGUGGUCGCAGUGGUGGCCAGGAAGCUCGAGUUGACCAAGGCAGAGAAACAUGUGCAUAACUUUAUGAUGGACACUCAACUCUGCAAAAGAGUGAAGAACACGGCUGCUAACGUACUCAGGGAAACGUGGCUCAUCUACAAACACACCAAGCUCGUGAAGAAGAUCGACCAUGCCAAGGUCAGGAAACACCAGCGCAAGUUCCUGCAGGCGAUCCACCAACUGCGCAGUGUGAAGAUGGAACAGAGGAAGUUGAACGAUCAAGCCAACACACUCGUUGACUUAGCCAAGACGCAGAAUGUGAUGUAUGACCUGGUGUCGGAGCUGCAGGAGCGCAGUGAGGAACUGGAUAAGCGGAUCAGUCAUUUGGAGGAGAAGCUGGACUCCAUCGCUCUGAGCGUCCAGUCUCUCCCCGAGCUGCUGAACCGAGCCAUAACGCAGCAGCAGCGCCACCUGCUGGACGGCCUCAUCCACCACUCCACACACUCCACACACUCCACACACUCAUCACACUCCUCACACACCAGCUCGGCAUCCGUGCGCCGCCGGAGGUCGCCGUCCACCGCUCCUCACACGUCCUCCGACAGCGGCUAACACACACAUACAUACACACACAUUAUAGACACACGUGUGCUUCUCUGACUAACACGGCUCGAGAAAAAAAGACUUCAAUGACUUUAACACACUGACACGAAAAAAGAAGAAAAAAAGAAAUAAAAAUUACGUAAUGAGUUAACAGUUCAUGGUAGACAUAUGGUUUACGUUUAGCCAUUGUAUGGCUGUUUAAAGUUAGCUUUUUUGUAAAAGCCCUUGUAUAGUUUACGGACUGGAUCCAGGGUGUGGGGGGGGGGGCACACACACACACACACACUCAUAUACACACACUCGCACACUAAUACACACUGCUGGCUGAGAAAAUGUCGUCUUUUCUCAUGAUGAAGGACAUCAGCGGAGGAUAAAGCGGGACGGAGAGACGCGGGACUGAGCGAUGGUCGCGGGAUAACACACGGGCCUUUGGGAGCUCUGAACCUGAGCAAAGAAAAAAAAACGCCACAAUAUAUCAAAAACACACACAGAAUUAUUCGUAAUGUUAAAGCCACAGAACACACACUCGCCACUGAUCGUCCAAAUCUAACUCCUAACCAAAACAAGCAGGAAAAAUAAUCUGGUGUAUUUUUACACGAAGAUGAAGAGCGAUAGUUUACAGCCGUGCCCUGGGGUUUGUGUUGUUGUUGUUGGUUUUUUUUGUUUGUUUGUUUGUUUUUUUUACAAAGCAUGCUGGGUAAAAGUGUCAGGUUUGAAAAUCGAAUCACUGUGUGCAAGCGUACGCUUUAUUAUCAGUGUCUUUUAGCUUUUCUUUUCAUCACUGUUUAUUUUCAGUGCUGUGCCUGUCGGGAUAUUUUACUGAAACACUCCUUUUUUCCAUUGCUUUCUUUCUUUUAUUUUGAUUUUUUUUUUAUUUCUAAAAAAAAAAAUAUUUUACAAAAUGUACGCAAGUGCCCAAAAACAGAUUUUAAGGUAAGACGUCUUUAAGGUGUGUGCUGAUGAGUUUUUAUAUCGCGGUAGUUUUAUGACGGUUUACGAUAUUAUCACGAUAUUAUUGUCCUGAAACAGAAGUACGAUGUGGUGAUCGUGGUGGAACCUCACAUUACAGAAUUAGCAUCUCGACAUAAACAGUUUUUUCUUUAAGCGUAUUUUAUAGUGAUGUUUGCCAAAUAAAUAGCUGGCUAAUUAAACUAUAAAAUAAAGUUCUGUCAUUUAAAAAAUAAGCAUAUUAUUUAAGCUAGUACAAUCCCCUCAGCUAGCCUUGUAUUUAUAGAAUGGUAGUAGCUAGCUAACUCACAUCUUAGCAAGUUAUUUAGCUAGUUAUGCAUAACCUUUUCUUCGUCCCUCGGCGUAUUGCUAGCCCGUUAGUUAUAUGUAAAAUCUUCUAAACUAAAGAAAACGUCACUUAAAUUCUGGUUAAACUGAACACAUUCACUUAACUUUUCUCUUAUUUUUCCAUUUAAAAGACUCUGUGUGAAACCGAUUAGCGUAACAGCACCUCUGUGUUCGGCUAACAUUGGUGAUAAACAGAUCGCCGUCGUCAUGGUAACUUUAAAUUAUAUUCCAACAUGUUCGGCUGCUGUUAAACGAAUCAGUAAGAAAAACGAGGAUGUCAAAUCAAACCCCUGAAACCGUGACUAAUCCGAGCUAGCUUAUUAGCAGUUAGAUUCCUGGCUAGCGUAGAGGGUGAUGAGGGUGGAGAUGCAGAGGAGCUCCUCAGUUUUAUUCGUGUUUACUGACUUACAGUUAAUGCGUUAUUCGGUAAAAAUGACAUUUAUUGGUUUAAAAUGAAAAUCGCUAGAUAUUUAUGUUUAGCUACAUACGCCACUGCUGUUGUAACGUUUUACUUUUUCAGAAUUAAAAAAUGUAAUUUGCAGGUAAAACAGCAGCCCACCACCACCACCACCACCACACCGCUGAAGGGAAUUAUGGGAUUGCGUUCCCACAGAGUCGCGUUCUCUGGUUGGUUGUGAGGAUCGUGAUGUUAUCGUAUAUCUGAUUAUCGGCACAUUCCUGACGUCUGCUGGACCUCAGAGGCUGAACGUCGCUGAUGAUGAUGAUGAUGAUGAUGAUGAUGAUGAUGAUGAUGAUGUGGAGGUAAACGUGGGUGUUUGGAGGUGUGUGCUAUAAACAGAGACAUUUUACUCAGAGCUUCCAAGGGUCCUCGCGGCUCAGCACUGGGACUUUGGCGGUGGAAACGCGGCGGACGUUCGACCCACCGAUGCAUGUUUCAAUGCAAACGAGGACUGAGCUAACCUAUGGGACGGCUUUAGGUUCAUUUCUUCCUUUCUCUUCCUUGAUUUUUAAUUUUUUUUUAACAAAAAAGAUUCCUUUUUUAUGAUUUAUCUAGGAUUUUUAUAGCUUGUAGAGGAGAUUAACUAUAAUAAUUCCUACAGAGUGGCAGCAUAGUUGAAUUCAUGCAUUCCUUAGAUCAAAGACCAAAAAACACCAAGAAUUUAAAAAAAAAAAAAAAAGACAAAGAAGAGACGAAUUUGUCAUUCGGGUAUCAUCAUAGAUCUCAUGAAAUUAAAACCAA